AUGGCAAGCACCAAAGAGUCCACCACCCUGAACGAGGCUCAGACCAAAUUCUUGGCGAUCCUGAUGCGAAACGUCAAGGGUAAGCCUGACAUCGAUUUCGACGCCGUCUCCAAGGAGCUUGGAAUCACCCAAAAGUCAGCCAAGGAGCGCUUCCGACUGCUAUCGGUCAAGAUGGGCUGGAAAGACGGCCCUUCCACCCCGAAGAAGCCUACAGGAGUCACCAAGCGUACUCCUUCCAAGGUCGGCGGCGGAAAGAGGGCGGGAAAGGACAAGGCGCAGCUGACUCCUGACGACCGCGACGAGUCCGACGAGGAGGUGAACAAGAUGGACUCUUCUGAUGAGUUGGUCAAGGAUGAGGGAGAGGCCUGA